GCGACGCCCGUGGAAGCCCCCCGGCGGCGUCGACGCGCUACCCCCGCGUGGGGCGCCUUCGAGGCCACGGUCGUGCGGCCCAGAGGCAGGCCCGUGCAGGAGAUGCUGCCGGGCCAGUUCAGGCUUUGCUCCAAGCUGGACACCGGCAAGUGGCCCAACGUCGAUGUCGUGUGCGAGAGGCUGAAGAACGUACUGCUGGCCGUGGUCGACAGACGUUGCUUGCAGGAUACACUGGAGGCGUACUGCUGGCCGUACUUGCAGGCGAAUGAACGUACUGCUGGCCGCGUACUGCUUGCAGGCUACGCAGGCUGCUACAAGGCGGCGGAUGUCGACAGGGGCAUCCAGAAGCUGAGAGAGGCCUGCGAAUGCAAGAAGGUUCUGUGCCGGAUGGGGGCGUGCGCCGAAGACACCCUGAUCCCAGCGAGGGGCACUGGCGACGACGGGCCGGAGACGACGCACUCCCCCCACGGCGCCCACGGCCCCAUGAUCUUCGGCAUCACGACGGUGCGCACGUCGAAGCGGACCGGCUCGUACAACCCCGUCAAGAAGACGCGGCCGAGCUCCAGCAGGACUCGCCGGGGGCGGCCGUGGACCCCCCGAGGAUCAGCGCGAAGAUCACGGAGGAGGAGGAGGAGGAGGAGGAGGAGCGCCAGGGUGUGCAGGACCCGCUUCCCUCAGGAAGAU